AUGAGUAAUGAUGAUGAUACUUGGAAAGGAAGGUUAAUAGAACUACUGCAUGUUAUAGCUGAUCCGUUUUUAGUUGAUUUAAAUAAAUUCCAUUCAAAAGAUUUAACAUCAUUAUUAGAUGGUAUUAAUGAUAUUACAACAGAUCAAUUAUUUAAAGAAAUUAUUAUUAAAUCAUUAAAUGAAUCAAUGUUCAAACCAAUUAUACCUCAAGAUGAAUUAAAAAGAAGAUCUGAAGUUGAUUUACAAUCAAAUAAAACAAAAUUACAAAAAUUAGAACAACCAACGGCACCUACACAACCAGAACCACCAGUGGAGCCUAUUACUACUCCAACUUCAGCAUCCUUACCAUCUGAGCCAUCAAUACCAUCUUCACAGAUUAGUCAAUUACCUACUCCACCAGCAACAAUAGAUUUCAAAAAACAAUCUCAAGUUACUUCAUUAAAAACUCAAUCUCAAGUAACAGAAGAAGAAUUGGAAAUAUUCCUAAAUAAAAAUUUGAAAGAUUUAGAAAUUUUAUCGGUACCUGAACAUUAUCCAACAAAACCACAAAAUGUAACUUCAUUAGCAGAAUUAUAUUAUUUAACUCAAACAUUGCCUUUGAUUAAAUUAUUACCUGGUAGUCAUAAAGUUUUAAUGACUGAAAAUUUUGAAUCUGCAUUGUUAGAAGGUAAAAUUGCUGUAUUAUAUUCAAGAAUUGAAGAAUUAAAAAGACAAGGUAAAUGGUCCUUACGUCAACCUAUUAAAUUUAAUGAUCCGAUUAAACUGCAAAAGAGAAAUAGAAGAAGAUUAUUUCAUUGGGAUAAUUUAUUAAAAGAAGCAAAAUGGAUGAGUGAAGAUUUCAGAGAAGGUACAAAAUAUAAGAAGUAUUGUUGUGUUUUAAUGGCAGAAGCAGUGGAAGAAUAUUGGAAAUUAGGUAAAGAUGCAACAUGUAUAAAAAGAAAAGAAAUACAAUUCUUACCUGAAGAUAAACCAGAUGAAAUAAUAAUAGAUAAUAAUAAUCAUGAUCCACCAACUAUAAAUACAGAAUUAUUAACUGAAAAUAAUCAAGAACCACCACAAGAACCUACACCCGAACAAACACCAAAACCAGAAACAACCAAAAAACCAUCUCCUUUCAAAUCAUUUAUUGAUCUUGAUUAUAUUAAAAAAAUUGAUCAAUCAAUAAUUAAAAAUAUACCUACAUUUACUGCAUUUGAUGAUGAUGAAAAAAUUCUGGGUCUACCAUUGAAACCAAGAUCAAGUCCAAUAACACCAGUCUCAAGAUUAAUUUAUCCAUUUGAGCAAGAUGAUAAUUGGUAUAAAAUAGUUUUAAAAGAUUUUGAGAAUGAAAUUAAUAAGUCGAGUGGCCCCCCAGAAUAUCAAAAAGGUUUAUUUGGAUUACAACGUAGAUUUAAUUAUUUAAAACCUCCAAAACCUCCAUUAAUUAAGAAUAUAGAUUAUAGAUCGCCUACUAUUUGGUUACCACAAGAUGAUAAAAGAUUAAUUCAUUAUGUUGCUGAAUAUUGUUUUAAUUGGGAUUUAAUAGCUGAACAUUUGUCACCAAAUUCUUCUGCAGUUAGUCUUAAAAAAUAUGAAUCAAAUAUUGAAAGAAGAACUCCGUGGCAAUGUUUUGAACGAUAUAUUCAAUUAAAUGAAAAAUUUCAAUUUCAUGACAUGAAGGGAGUUUAUUCAUAUCAUGCUCAACAAUGGUUAGAACAAGCUCAUAGAGCACAAUCAACUACAAAAAGGAGAAUCUCUCCAUUGGGUGUUGGUACUGAGUCAAUUCAACGAGGUCAUCGAAAAUUAAGAUGGGCUUCAUUAUUUGAUGCAAUUAGAAAAACAAUGAAAAAGAGAGAAAUUCAAGCUGCUAAAUUAAAUCAUAGAAAAUCAACUACGGAUUACCAACAAAAUCAAAAUCAACAAACUAAUAGUCAGCAAGGUUCUCCUGUACCUGAAUCUAAAAGAAAUGUAGAAAGAAUAGCUACACCUGCUGAAUUAUCAAAACUAAAACUUGAUAGAGAUAAAUCAAUAAGAGAAGCUCAUUUAAAUGAUCAAGCAACAAGAAAUAGAAUGAUGGCAGCGGUAGCACAACAACAAAAUCAACAUAGAAAUGCUGUAUUACAACAACAGCAAAAUCAUUCACCACCAAAUCAAAAUCAAAAUCACGUAUCUGUUCUUCCUAAAGCUGGUAUUGUACGUCAGGGAUCUCAACCAAUUACAUCUCAACCAGUACCAAAUUCUAAUAUUGCGCCAGCAGUAGGAAAUCAAAAUUUUCAAAGAAUGUCAAAUAGUCAAACUCCACAACCAGCUAAUAAUCAAAUACAAAAUGCUCAAAUUCCAAAUAAACAAACUACUACUCCAAGUAAUAAUCAAAUUCCAAUUAAACGACCAACUACACCAAACGGCACUCCUUUAACUAAUGAACAAAUUCAACAAUUAAUUCAAAUUCAAAAACAAAGAAGAUUAUUACAAGCACAACAAGUACAACAAGCACAACAAGCACAACAGCAACAACAGCAAGCUCAGCAACAGGUCAAUCCACAAAUGAGAAAUAACACAACUGCAACAUCGCCAAAUAUAAAUAUGCAACCACAACCAACAAAACAAAUGAAUCAAACUUUUAACCAACAAAACCAACAAAAACAAUCUACAAAUAAUCAGCAACAAGCUCAAGCACGUCCAAGGUUUAAUUUCCCGCAAGCUCAAGUUUCAGCAAUCAUACAUACGAUUCAACAACAGAAUCCAACAUUUACAAGAGAACAAGUCACGAAAUUAGCUGCUCAAUAUUUAGCAGGUAUGCAACAACAACAACAACAACAACAAAGAAUGUUACAAAGACAAAACAGCCAAGCUCAAAAUCAAAAUCAAAAUCAAAAUCAGUCUAGAUUAUCACCACAACAAAUGCAACAAAUUCAACAAAGGAAUAGUUCUUCUACUAGUUCACCAAAUUUACAAAAUAGACAACCACAACAGCAAAUGUUAAUGAAUGAGGGAAAUAUCCAAAUGAUGCAGAGUAAUCCAUCUUCACCUAAUCCAUUGUCUAGACAAUUGAGUAAUCAAUCUGGUAGCCCAAUAUCUGGGAGUCCAAAUUUGACUUAUAAUAAUAAUGUUGUUGAUGAAAAUAGUAAUAGUCAGUGA